AAUUUUCCACAGUCAUGGAAAACUUAAAUUUUUUUAAAUAUUCUCUCGAUAUUUUCAAAUUCCUAAGAUUAUGGAACAAAAGAGUAAAUCAAGAAAAAUCACGACUUGCAACUAUUUCUCUAUACACGAUGAUUGUCAUUAACGGAUCUAUAAUACCUUUAAUAUGUAUUUCGGAUAUUCUGAGAUCUGCAAGGACAGUCGAAGUGCCAGUGCUUCUUUGCAAAGCACUUUUCGGAUUAGCUUAUCCUGUCUGCAUUUACAAACUUAUUUCUGUAACAAUCUAUAAAAACGAAAUCUACGGAUGUAUAACUCAAAUCGAAGCAUUAUCGUUUAGAUUUCAAGUGCAAAAGGAUAUAAAACAAAGUCUUGAAACUUAUAAGAAAAUGAUAUUUAUUGGUUCGAUAGCAAUGAAUUUUUGUGUAUUAUUGGUUUUAGUUGUAUCGAUUCUAAACAAUGAAUUGCCAUUUCGCUCAAGACUAUCGGUUCUGGAUUUAAAUCAAAGUCCUACAUAUGAAUUAAUGUUCUUCUAUCAGGCAAUUGCAUUAACAACUGUGGCAAAUCUGACGGUAGCACAUGACACGUUGUUUUGUGGUCUUUUGUCCAUUUGUGCAGCAAUUUUAUCAAGUAUUAGUCGAGAAGUAAGAGAAAUUGAUUCAAGAUGGGAAAAUGGUGGAAACCCUGAGAUUAUUUUAAAGGAAAUUAUAGAAAAAAUUAAAGAAACUUUUUGCAUAAUCGAAAGAGUAUCAAAUGUUUUUUCUAUCACAACAUUAACUAAUAUCUUAUACAGUUCGAAUCAAAUGGCACUUAGUGUUUAUUUAGUAUCGGUUUGGGGCUUAAAAGAUUUAACUGGCAUGUUAAUGGUCAUUAUAGCAUUGAUACAAACUUUUGAUCUUUGGAUAUAUUGUUAUUUUGGACAAAUUAUUGCAAAUCAGAAUGAAAAACUUCAAAGGGAACUUUAUUGUACUAAUUGGUACAAUCAUUCGAAACAAUUUAAGUCAAUGUUACUUUUGACAAUUUUCGUAACACAGAAUGAUCGAUUUGUCAAAGCUGGAAGAAUUAUCGCAUUAUCGUUGGCAACUUUUUCUGAUUUCUUGAAAAAGGCUUAUGUGCUGUACACCUUUUUGACCGAGGUUCGUUAAAGUUGGCAACUUAUUACUUAUUAUUCUGAAAGUUACAUUAAUAAAAAUUUGUAUUGUAAAAAUUUAAACAAGUACAAUUUUGUUGAAUGACAACUUAAAACAAUUAAAUAGAUAAUACUGAAAAGUUAA